UAUAUCGAGUAUACCUCCUAUUAUUAUUUGGCGUGUAUAGGGAGCCUAAGUCCUCCGUUUCCUCUUGCCUUUUUUUCUAUUCGAACAAGAGUACCCACCAAUGUCCAACUUCUACGUUAAGGUCAGCAAUAGCUGGUUGCCCGGCCGCGACGGACUUGCUGCGUUCACUAUUACCGAAGUGGCAGCCACUCUCGCUGUGGCGACGCUAGUAAUUAUCUAUUUCUCACGGUUGGUUAAGAAAUUCAUCAUCAAAACCAAGCCUCCGCCGCUGCCGCCAGGCCCGCCAGGCUUGCCAAUACUCGGCCACCUCCUUUUCAUCAAACCCGAUUUCCUCCAGUAUGUAACCAAACAAUCCAAAAUCCAUGGCCCUAUCAUCAAGCUUCAGUUGGGAAGAAAAGUUUACGUCAUCAUAAGCUCACCAUCAAUCGCCAAACAAAUCCUCAAAGACCACGACGCCAUCUUCGCCAACCGCGAUGUUCCGGCGGCGGCCGUGACCGGAACCUACGGCGGACUCGAUAUCCUGUGGAGACCCAAUGGCCCAGGAUUACACAAGCUGCGUAAGCUCGUCGUGCGAGAAAUAAUGAGCAAAGAAGGCCUCGAUUCCUGCUACGAGUUUCGACGACGAGAGAUCCGGCAUACGGUGAAGAAUAUCCUUGGGAAAAUUGGGUUACCCAUCAACCUCAGCGAACAAAUAUUUUUAACAAUGCUGAGCGUUACAAUCAGCAUGCUAUGGGGUGGUUCGUUGAACGGAGAAGAAGCGAAGCUUGGGCUUGAAUUUAAGGAUCGAGUAGAGGAAUUUGUGGGGUUGUUCGGAGAACCCAACGUUUCUGAUAUUUUCCCGGUGCUGAAGCCAUUGGAUUUGCAAGGAAUUGAAUCCAAAACCAAGAAGCAUAUGUCGUGGUUUUAUGGGUUUUUUGAAUCGGUGAUAGAGCAGCGAACGAAGCUCGGAGAGGGACCAAAAAUGGCGGGCAGCAAGGAUUUUUUGCAGCAAUUGUUGGAACUAAACCAAAGAGGAGAUGCCAAAACUUCAAUAUCCAUCAAGGAAAUAAAGGCUUUGCUGCUGGAUAUGAUAAUUGGCAGUACAGACACAACAUCUACAACAAUGGAAUGGGCGAUGACGGAAUUACUACGGCACCCAAAUAAACUACAAAGAGUCACCGAGGAAUUGGAUGCAAUAAUUGGGGACCAAACCAGCGUUGAAGAGUCCCAUCUUCCUCGCUUGCUCUACUUAGAAGCAGUGGUGAAAGAAACGUUUCGAAUUCACCCACCGGCUCCCUUGUUAUUUCCGCACAUGUCAAGCGAGACCACAGUCGUAGCUGGUUACACCAUCCCUAAAAAUUCCAAUAUUUUCUUCAAUGUGUGGGCAAUACAAAGGGACGCUGAGUUCUGGAAAGACCCUCUUCGAUUCGAGCCAGAGAGGUUCUUGAAAGACACUGAGAAAAGGAAUUAUACAGGAAAUAGUUUCCAUUUUUUCCCGUUUGGAUCUGGGAGAAGGAUUUGUGUUGGGAUUCCAUUGGCAGAGAAAAUUAUGAUGCAGAUUUUGGCGACAUUGUUGCAUUGUUUCGAAUGGGAAUUGCCAAAUGGGAGAAAACCUGAUGUAAAAGAGAAGCUACAAUUGGUGUUGUCGAAGGCGGAGCCGCUUCUUGUUGUGCCCGUUGCGCGUUUAUCUAAUUUUAUGCAAUACGAAUAAAUAUGUGAUUAAAAUAUGUUUCAAAAGAAAAAAUAUUAAAUCAACAUUUAAUUUUUAAAUCUAACAA